AUGGGGGCUGCGGCGGCCGCAGGAGGCGGCGGCGGGGCGCGCCGGUGGCUCCCGUGGCUGGGGCUGUGCUUCUGGGCGGCGGGGGCUGCGGCGGCCCGAGGAACUGACAAUGGUGAAGUUCUUCCUGAGUCCAUCCCAUCAGCUCCAGGGACGCUGCCUCAUUUCAUAGAAGAGCCAGAUGAUGCCUAUAUCAUCAAGAGCAACCCUAUCGCACUCCGGUGCAAAGCAAGGCCAGCCAUGCAGAUCUUCUUCAAGUGCAAUGGUGAAUGGGUCCAUCAGAACGAGCACGUUUCUGAGGAGAGCCUGGAUGAGAGUUCAGGCUUGAAGGUCCGGGAGGUGUUCAUCAAUGUCACUAGGCAGCAGGUGGAAGACUUCCAUGGACCAGAGGACUACUGGUGCCAGUGUGUAGCAUGGAGCCACCUGGGAACCUCCAAAAGCAGGAAGGCCUCAGUGCGCAUCGCCUAUUUGCGGAAAAAUUUCGAGCAAGAUCCACAAGGCAGGGAGGUUCCUAUUGAAGGCAUGAUCGUGCUCCAUUGCCGUCCACCUGAGGGCAUCCCUGCUGCCGAGGUGGAAUGGCUGAAAAAUGAGGAACCCAUUGACUCUGAGCAAGAUGAGAACAUUGAUACCCGAGCUGACCACAACCUGAUCAUCAGGCAGGCACGACUCUCAGACUCAGGGAAUUACACCUGCAUGGCAGCUAACAUAGUGGCCAAGAGAAGGAGCCUAUCUGCCACUGUUGUGGUCUAUGUGAAUGGAGGCUGGUCUUCCUGGACAGAGUGGUCAGCCUGCAAUGUUCGCUGUGGUAGAGGAUGGCAGAAACGUUCCCGGACCUGCACCAACCCAGCUCCUCUCAAUGGUGGGGCCUUUUGUGAGGGAAUGUCAGUGCAGAAAAUAACCUGCACUUCUCUUUGUCCUGUGGAUGGGAGCUGGGAAGUAUGGAGCGAGUGGUCAGUCUGCAGUCCUGAGUGUGAGCACCUUCGGAUCCGGGAGUGCACAGCUCCACCUCCAAGAAAUGGGGGCAAAUUCUGCGAAGGUCUCAGCCAGGAAUCUGAAAACUGCACCGAUGGUCUCUGCAUUCUAGAUAAAAAACCUCUUCAUGAAAUAAAACCCCAAAGAUGGAGUAGGAGAGGCAUUGAGAAUGCCAGCGACAUUGCUUUGUACUCGGGUUUGGGCGCUGCCGUCUUGGCUGUUGCAGUCCUGGUCGUUGGUGUCACCCUCUAUAGACGGAGCCAGAGUGACUAUGGCGUGGACGUCAUCGACUCUUCUGCAUUGACAGGUGGCUUCCAGACCUUCAACUUCAAAACAGUCCGUCAAGGUAACUCCCUUCUCCUGAAUUCUGCCAUGCAACCAGACUUGACAGUGAGCCGAACAUACAGCGGUCCUAUCUGUCUGCAGGACCCACUGGACAAGGAACUCAUGACGGAGUCCUCACUCUUCAACCCUUUGUCUGACAUCAAAGUCAAAGUCCAGAGUUCAUUCAUGGUUUCCCUUGGAGUAUCUGAGAGAGCUGAGUACCAUGGCAAGAAUCCCUCUGGGACUUUUCCCCAUGGAAACAACCGCGGCUUUAGUACGAUGCAUCCCAGAAACAAAACACCCUACAUACCAAACCUGUCAUCACUCCCCACAAGGACAGAGCUUAGGACCACUGGUGUUUUUGGCCAUCUAGGGGGACGCUUAGUAAUGCCAAAUACAGGGGUGAGUUUGCUUAUACCACAUGGUGCCAUACCAGAGGAGAAUUCUUGGGAGAUUUAUAUGUCCAUCAACCAAGGUGAACCAAGCCUGCAAUCUGAUGGGUCUGAGGUGCUGCUGAGUCCUGAGGUCACCUGCGGUCCUCCUGACAUGGUGGUCACCACUCCCUUUGCGCUGACCAUUCCACACUGUGCAGACGUGAGCUCAGAGCACUGGAACAUCCACUUGAAGAAGAGAACACAGCAGGGGAAAUGGGAGGAAGUAAUGUCAGUGGAGGACGAAUCCACAUCCUGUUACUGCCUUCUGGACCCUUUUGCAUGCCACGUGCUGCUUGACAGCUUCGGGACCUACGCCCUCACCGGAGAGCCGAUCACAGACUGUGCGGUGAAGCAGCUCAAGGUGGCUGUCUUUGGAUGCAUGUCCUGUAACUCCUUGGAUUACAACUUGAGGGUUUACUGUGUGGACAAUACCCCUUGUGCAUUUCAGGAAGUGGUUUCUGAUGAAAGACAUCAGGGUGGACAGCUACUGGAAGAACCAAAGUUGCUGCACUUCAAAGGGAAUACCUUCAGUCUUCAGAUCUCUGUCCUCGACAUCCCUCCAUUCCUCUGGAGAAUUAAACCAUUCACUGCAUGCCAGGAAGUCCCUUUCUCCCGUGUGUGGAGCAGCAACCGGCAACCCUUGCACUGUGCCUUCUCCCUGGAGCGCUACACGCCCACCACCACCCAGCUGUCCUGCAAAAUCUGCAUCCGCCAGCUCAAAGGCCAUGAACAGAUCCUCCAAGUGCAGACAUCCAUCCUAGAGAGUGAGCGAGAAACCAUCACUUUCUUUGCACAAGAGGAUAGCGUAUUUCCUGCACAGACUGGCCCCAAAGCCUUCAAAAUUCCCUACUCUAUCCGACAGCGGAUUUGUGCUACAUUUGAUACCCCCAAUGCCAAAGGCAAGGACUGGCAGAUGUUAGCACAGAAAAACAGCAUCAACAGGAAUUUGUCUUACUUUGCUACGCAAAGCAGCCCCUCUGCUGUCAUUUUGAACCUGUGGGAGGCUCGUCAUCAGCACGAUGGUGACCUUGACUCCCUGGCCUGUGCCCUGGAAGAGAUUGGGAGGACACACACGAAACUCUCGAACAUUACGGAAUCACAGCUUGAUGAAGCCGACUUCAACUACAGCAGGCAAAAUGGACUCUAG